AUGUCCGCCCGCACACUCCCUAUUAGGAAACAAAUCUACACGCAAGAAGCGCAUGUUGGAAGUCCAUCUGUUGUCCGAGCACGCGAGAAGCCCCACCCAACGCGCUUCCUCUCAGUUCCCGGGCCCAUCCCCGUCUUCCACCCCAGCAGGCUUUUCCAACCACGCACGCCUCCUCCCUGCAGCAAGAGGAAGAAGGAGAAAUUCUUCCAGAUAGCCAUUGCCGCACAAGAAGAAGCAGAAAUUCUUCCAGAUCACCAUUGCUCCGUGGAGCAACAGGUGGAUCCUGUUGACCAGCAAGAUGCUUCUAGUUUUUCAGAGGUUAGGUUGUCACAUGAAGAGACACACUUAGAAGAAAUUCAGCAAGUUGUUCAUAACACAAAAUUUGCUGGUGGUCAAUCUGGUACAGAAGGUCUUUUUUCAGAAGCUAUUGAGGCAGAAGUGUGGUCUACACCUCAAGGGCCACACAAUGGAAUAACAUUCAGCACUCUAUUAGAAGCAAAAGAGUACUACAAUUCAUAUGCUAAAAGAAUUGGCUUCUCAAUCAGGACCAACACAUCAUGCAGAUCAGCAUUUACAAAAGAGGCAGAAAAGCUAGGUUGUGCGUUCCUAAGAGAUGAAAAGACACCAAGCUUUGUCUGGCUUUUCCAAACAUUCUUGGAAGCAAUGAAAGGGAAAGCUCUGUUGAAUAUUAUUACUGAUCAAGAUGCUGCUAUGAGAAGUGCAAUUGAACAUGUGUUCCCACUUGCAAAUCAUAGGAACUGCCGAUGGCACAUAAUGAAUAAAGCAGCUGGUACUGUAGGUCCGUUACUUAAGGAAGAUAAAGAGUUGGAGGACGAAUUCAAGGACUGUAUAAACUACAGUAUCAUGUCGGAAGAGUUUGAGGCAAAGUGGCAAGCUAUGAUUCAAAAGCAUGGCUUGCAGGACAACAAGCAUUUUAAGUAUUUGUAUAGCAUCCGACAGAGUUUUGUGCCAGUGUACUAUAUGCAUUGUUUCUUCCCGUUCUUCCAAUCCAUGCAAAGAAGUGAAGGUUUUAACACAAUGUUGAAGUUGUAUGUCAGCCCAAACUUAUCAAUAUUGGACUUUAUCAAGCAAUACCAGAAGAUUCAAGAUAAGUGCCUUGUUGCUCAAGAUGGGCAGGACUUCAGAAUCGAUGAUAAGACUCGAAACACAUGGUCAAAGAACCCUAUUGAGAAGCAUGCCUCAACUGUGUACAUGAAGAACAUAUUCUACAGAUUCUCAAAAGAAUUUGAAAAGAUCGAAGAGUAUUUUGUGCAGCAUAUAGGUGACUACCAGUUCAGGCAUGUGCCAAAUGACAAGUUUGUUGAUGGCUAUGGCACUAGGUCAUAUGAUGUGACAGCAAUUGAAGAAGAAGAAAGCUACUAUUGCGAGUGCAGCAAGUUUGAUAGGGAUGGCAUAAUUUGCUAUCACAUCAUCAAGGUUAUGAGCAGAUUUGGUGUCAAGAAGCUGCCUGACCGAUACAUAAUGGAAAGGUGGAAGCAACAGGAAAUGACUAUUGGUGCAAAUGCUAAUGCAAAUCUUCAAGCUAAUGUUGGGACUAGUGGUAUGCCUUUGCAGAACCAAAAGACAAUAAGAUUCAGCAAUCUUGCCUCCACGCUCACAAAGUUUGCUCGCGAGGGAUCAAACUCAGAAGAUGCUUAUGAAAUUGUUACAAAGCACAUUGGAAUGAUGCGAUCUGAACUUGAAGAUCUAACGAAGAAGAAGAAGAAAAGGACACGGUGUAAUGAGAUAUCAGCUAAUACUGCUGCUGAUGCUCUCAAUAAUCCCAGCACUCCUCAUGCUACAAAUGCACAUAUAACUGCAGCUUCUGCACCUUUAACUACUGCAACUUUAGUUGUUGCAUCCAUAGCUGCUAUGUCUAGUCCUACUGGACUUGGGACUAUUGGAACAAAUCUACAGGAUGCUUCUAUUCUUAAAUUCAAGAAAAGUAAAGAAUCCUCCAAUAUCAGUUGUCAAAGGGAGAAAAAAGUCAAAAAGGCUAUCUAA